AUUUUUGCGGACAAAUUCGAAAAACGGACCGCGCGUUUCACCUCCCUCGCUUCUUCUACGCACUCUCGCUCCCUCUCAAUUUCCAAAAACCCAUUUCCACUCUCUCCCCCGCGUCUCUUUUUUCCAAAACCCUAAACGCGGCUACUCCUCCGCCACCCGAGUCCACGGAGAGCGCGAUCGCCAAAAAGGAAUACAAUGGCUAAUGAAGGCCUCGGAGAUGAGGCUCCGCGCAUUUUGGGUGAUAUGACCAACAUCUUUGGUAAGAGGCCACUCUCAUUGGAUUUGAAAAUUUCUACGAAUGAGAACAAGGUCGAGAGAUAUAAAGAGAGUCCACCGAAAAGACAAAAAGGAACAGGAUACGAGACGCGGUGUUAUCGAAAGAACAAAUGUGCGAUAGAUGACAAGGAAAAUAGAAGAGGUAGUGCGAAAGAAACCUGCCAUUCUACGGCUUCAGAUUAUAGAGAUUACCUUAACAAAGAGAAUACUCGAACCGCUGACCAUCCUUUUAGUUUGUGUUCGGACAAUAUAGACAGUGACUCUAAUACAUGUGGAAAUAUAGAAGCGAAAAUGCCGAAACAUGAUUGUGAACUUUUGGGUUCUUUAUCCGGUCGCAGCAGUAAAGCAAGAGAGUCACAGCCGGAACAAGAGGAACGCCGUGAAGAGGGUUAUGAAACAGAUGGUGAAGAGACUUCCAGAAAUGCUGCGCGAAAUGAUGGUGAAUUUUUGAAUUCUUUUUCUGAAAUGGAAGAUAAGAUAAAUGUUGGGAAUGAUGAAGCCAAAGAUCCAGUUGGGAAAUCGGGAUCGUUAGAGUUAUUUGACACAUCUGGUUCAUCGGGGUACAGAAUGAAUGAUACGAACGAGAUUCUGAAUUUGCACCACGCGCAAAACGGUGAGGAUGCCAAGGGGAAAGGCAGUGUUCAUUUGGACAAAGCAUGUAUGUGCUCCUUUUGUCUUAAAGCUGCUCAUAUGUUGGCGGAUCUUCAUUACCAGGAUGCCAGCGGCCGUCUUUCUGCGGUGAACAGGACUAGAAAACAGAUUCGGUUACUGGAAGGGAAAAAUUAUGGCCUUGCACAAACCGGCAAGACUCCUAGAGAUAUCCCAAAGCAAUCCGUAGAAAUGGAGCUUGAACUCACGCAACACUGGAAAUCACUCUUUCUUCAUACGGACAACGUCCUUGAGCGUGAGAUGACGCAGCUUCAUUCCACCCUACUGAGGUUAAAGGAAUUGAAGGAGAACUGCAAGAGAGAUCUUGAGAUUAGCACAGUUUCUUUAGAUGAUUGAGAGUUAUUUGGUACUUUCGAGUGGAUCAUUCAUAAUUUGGCCAUCCUUGUAUGUUGAUCACUAUGUAUUUUAGGAAGCAAGGUAGGAGCUGGAACUCGGUAAUUACGAUCCGAUUUGAUGCUUACUGUGUUGUAGUUUUAUCCGGACAAGCAUUGGCAAGUGCUUCUAUGUCAGUUGCUAUUUAGGCAGCAUAUAAGUUGUUGUAUGCUAUCACUUUCAGCAAGUGUAAUUUUACUGUACAUUGGGCUGCAUUGAUCAGCCACAAAAUUCAUUUGAAUAUCAAACUGGAAAUCUCUAUAUAA